AUGGCAUCACAACAGUCCGCAAACGCGAUUGACUGUCGCCCAGAUCGUGGGCGAGAGCCGGUUGCCACCUCUAUACCCGUGGUUUCUUACCUUGCACAACGCUUGCUGGGGGAAGAGUUCAUGUCAGACGGCUACAGCAGUAUCGACAAGACUAAGGCUCUGAUAUGGGCUGUCGGGCAUAACCAUGUUCCCCUAGUCGAGGAGCUCAUUGCUUAUGGAGUUGAUGUGAACAUGCCAGGUGUUGACGGCUGGACUUGCCUCGGUAUAGCUGCUGAACUUCCCACCCCUAAGGUCUUGGACAUUCUGCUUAGAGCCGGGGCAGAUGUGACUGCGAUCUGCGGCUUCGGGGGAAAAACGGCGCUCCACUGGGCGGCAAGGGCUGGCAGAUCACAAGCGGUAAAGACGCUUAUCUCACAAGGCUCAAAAGUAGAUACACGAAUAAGCAAAUUGGGGUUUAGUCCUUUACACGAUGCCGCUUAUAAAGGUCAUGUCGACACUGUCCAAGCGUUGCUCGAGGCCGGAGCCAUCAUUCAAUGCGUCGAUAAUGAGGGCUGGUCUCCACUGCACGCCGCAUGCUGCUCAGGACACCCCGAUGCGGUGCAGCUCUUGAUCGAUCGUGGUGCAAGUAUUAGUUCGACAACAACGGGAGGUUUGACUCCGUUGCAUGUUGCAGCUGUCAAGGCCAAGCAUGAGAUUGUUAUGCUGAUUUGUGCCAUACCUCACAUGGAUGAAGCUGGAGAAAACGUGCUUGUUGCCAGUGUCACAGCAGAUUCUGUCGCCACUGCUCGAGUCGUCUUGGACCACGGCGCUAACAUAGAGACUAGCAGCUCAGAUGGUAUAACACCAUUGGCAUCAGCAGUACUUUGCAAUGCGUUGGAGAUGGCCAGCUUUCUGCUCGAAUACGGCGCUGACAUCGAAGGACAGACCGAUGAUGGCUACACGGCACUACAUCUGGCCGCCGAGAAGAACCUUCAACAGAUGUCGCAGCUAUUGAUCGAGAAAAGUGCGAAUAUUGAGUCAAGAAUAACCCCCGGGAAUCAGGAUGGUCGCUUGGGAGACGAAGGAUUGACUCCGCUGUUGGCAGCUGCUAAGUCUAGAAGUAUCGACACUGCGCACAUCCUUGUUAAUCAUGGUGCCAAUGCGGAGGCAACCGACAAGGGUUGGACAGGAAUUCAUUUCGCCUCCUUUGCACAAAGCAAGUCGCUGAUACGGUUAUUUGCUCAAGAAGGGGUGUCAAUUGAUGCUCGGACUUUGGAACAAGGGCGCACGGCACUGAUUGUAGCAAGUGCUGGUGACAAUCCUGAGGUUGUUGCUUUGCUCAUCAAACUAGGGGCUGACGUUGACGCAACCAACAAUAUUGGGUGGACACCAUUGCACUUUGCCGCCCAUGGUGGCUCUGGAGACAUCACUGAGACUCUGCUCAAAAAUGGGGCUAACCCGGCUGCUGUAAGUCUUGAUGGCGAGCGUCCUCGUGAUGUUGCCUACAGACAACAGAACCAUCAUGUGAGAGAACUUAUAGAUGGAGUUGUGUCAGUGUCGCUUGAUGCACAGAACAAGCCGAGGGCUCGAAGUGUUUCUUUACUUUUCCAAGCCGCUAGAGCCAACCUUCUGGACAAGACUUUGCAGUUGUUGGAUGGGGAAAUCAACAUCAAUUCAUGUGACAGGGAUGAUCGGAGCUCAUUAUCCUUCGCGGCUGAGAGUGGCUCGAUUGGCAUCGUCAAGGCUCUAACAUCCAGAAAAGCAGACAUGAACUUACAAGACAGUUAUGGUGGAACACCUCUUUGGUGGGCUUCAAAAUGUGGCCAUGCCAUUGUUGUCGAACAUCUACUGGAACAGGGGGCACACUGUGAUACCCCAGAUGCAGAUGGUCAAUCACCCCUUUCUGUCUCGUCGCAGUACGGGCACUUGACAACGGUCCUUGUAGCAGAAUUACUGUCGGACUCAGGAGCGGAUGUGAACUACCGAAACCCAUUAGGCGAUUCGAUUCUACGGCGGGCAGAAGUGAAGAAACACAAGGAGGUCUCAGAUGUUCUCGAAUACCACCAAAGGUUCCUCAAGAGCGAGUCAGAUCAGUGGGAUGGGGAUGCAGUAGGAGGAGGAGCGUAUCCGCGCGAGGUUCUCGACUCCAUAUCACCCCUCACCUUCAAACGUUAUACGCCAUUGCUCAAAGCAUCCAAAAAGGGACAGUUAGCAAUGAUCGAACGGCUGAUAAAAGCGGGAGCUGACCCAAAUCUUUCUAUCGAUCGUCGUAGUGCUCUCGAUGAAGCCGCCGCGUUUGGACAGUCUGAAGCAGUGGCUACACUUGUCGAGCACGGCGCUAGUGUCAAUGGGUAUGAUAAAGAUCGAAGUCCCUUGACGUCUGCAGCUUUUAACGGGCAUUCAAACGUCAUCAAGCUGCUUUGUGACCUCGGAGCCAGUAUCGAUCGCGGACAUGAGUGGGGUUACAGCGCGCUGAUGGACGCCGCGGAAUGUGGACAUGAAGUAGCUACAUCUCUUCUCCUACAACUUGGGGCAAAGUCCGAUACGAGAGACAAAUAUGGAAGAACACCGCUGUGGCAUGCGACCAAAAAACGAUUUGGCAAUGUGGUGAAGCUGCUGGUGGAGAGCGGUGCCAACCUAGAGUGUGCUGACAACAAAGGUUGCACCCCUCUAAUGAUUGCCGUUAAGCGUCGAGACAGAAAACUCACGCAGUUCCUUCUUGAAAAGGGGUCGCAAAUGAGACCAGACUCGAAAAGGAAUUAUUCGCCUUUAUGCUAUGCUGCUAGAAAUGGAGAUGAACCCAUUGUUGACCUACUCCUUGAUUAUGGAGCAGAUGUAAACCUUCCUUCUUUUGAGAAAUGCACCGCACUACACAUUGCAACAUUCGAGGGACACAUCAUGGUUAUUAAGAUGUUGAUCGAGGCAGACGCCGACGUUUCUCUGAAGGACGCCGACGGCAGAACUGCUUUGUCAUUGGCCAAAGAAAAUUCAAAUGACGCCGCCAUAACACUACUGUGUCGAUCAGCAAGUUUGCGAUACGCAUAUUGCAGGGAAUAUAAGAAAGCCGACGCGACGAGCUUUAACGAGAAAAGUUCUUACAAGUACCAACCCCUGACUACGGCUAGCUCUAUUCGCAUCAUUGAGCUGUAUCCCGGAAACCCAGGCGAAAUACUCUCCUUCGAAUUGGAAGAAGUUCCACUUGCUGGCACUACCUCGUUCGACGCCCUCUCCUAUGAAUGGCAAGAAAAGGUUGGAACAGUCCCAGUCCAAUGCGGUGACCGCAAGAUUCUCAUUACGCCCAACUGCAAAGCAGCGAUGGAAAAACUUCGACUUCGAAACAAGUCAAGACAUCUGUGGAUUGAUGCUGUUUGUAUUAACCAGUCCGACGAUCAUGAACGAAAUCAGCAGGUCGGCAUAAUGGGGGAGAUCUUCCGCACUGCUGAUAAGGUUAUCAUGUGGCUUGGUGAAGAGACAAAAUUUAUGGCUCAAGCGUUCGAGGAACUCCCAAUGAUAGCGAAAGCACAGCGCAAGCUGUUGCAAGAAGCCGGGGAAUUAGCUGUCGACGGUGAAUCGUCAGAAGGGGACGAAGAUCAUGGUAUAAUGCUACAACGUAUGUCAACCAAUGAGUAUAUCGUUGGCGCUUUCGAGGACUUGAUGGGCCUCACAUACUGGACACGAGCCUGGAUACUUCCUGAAAUUAUCAUUGCCGGCUCCAAAGGCAUCGUGAUGUGCGGCGAUCAAUCUUGCGACUGGUCAACACUCAGGCUCGGCAUGCCUCGCUACGAAUUCUGUGGGUUUGGCCAGACACCUGCUAUUUUUGACAGCUCUUUGGCAGAUGAAUAUGAGAAAGAGGGCGAACUUCGUUUCGUGGAUGUUGUCGAUGUACUCCACACACUGGACGCCACAGACAUUCGGGACAAAGUGUUUGCAUCUUUGGGAGUCGCAUCGAGUGCUAAUGAGCUAGUGGAGAGGCCUAUUGCUGAUUAUACGAUGAGCGUACAACAAGUUUUCGUAUAUGCCACUCGUUAUAUUAUUGACUCACACAGCCUAUGGUCGGCCUGGACACUCGGUAUACGACACAGCACGAAGCAAGUCUGUGGUCUGCCGUCAUGGGUCCCAGACUUCAAUCAAAGACCUUCAUGUGAAGGAGAAGAGCUUUUCGGGCACUCGUGUGUACUGUGUCGCCUUGAUAUUGUCGAAGCACCCAUAACGACUGACACAUCCCUUCACAUAGGCGGGUGUAUUCUUGAUAGAGUUGUGUUCAAGCUCAAACUAACAAAGGAUCUCGAAAUUUCUACAAUCCUCUUGCUAGUCGUCGAAGCACUAGGAAAAGGGAACCAAAGCAUCUACGAUCUGUAUACAGUUGGGGAUGGGUUUGAUAUCAAUAGCACGAUAGUGGACCAGAAAGACCGGAUGCAAUCCAUUCGCUCGAUGAGAAUGAGCACAAACGCAGGCGCACUCAUCGAUACAAUCUUUCGCUUGCAACGAUUUCCUUGCAACGGCGAUGACGGGGUCAAAACAGGCGAGGACAUAGCAGAUGAGGCCUUUUCGUUAUUGCUGGGAUAUAUGGUUUGGACGCUUUCAAGGAAGGUGGAUGCACUAGAGACACCAGAUUAUGCGAAACAGGCUGCAAACCCGUGGUUUGAAGAAUCUACCAACGCUGAAACCUUUACUGAUUUUGAGAUUGACAAUUUGGUCUUGAUGGAAGGCUUGUUGAGAUAUGGAAAUGAUCUUAUUUACACAGAGAAUGGGUACUUUGGGUUGACAAACGCCGGAGAAGCAGAUGAUGGUAUGUCGAUUGCAUUGGUCGGACAUGGCUCGACCUUUCGGUUAUUGAGAAAGAGAGGAGACUCGGAACCAUAUUACGAAUAUGUAGACUUGGUGUCGAUCAACCUUAUGGGUCAAGAGAUUGACAAGCCGGAAAAGGCGUACAAGAACAUCAAUCUUGAGAGAUUAGAGUUUCGUUAG